AUGGCUAUCAGACCUGUAUACAGGCCCAAAAUCGUCAAAAAGAGGACGAAAAGGUUCAUCAGACAUCAAUCUGAUCGAUAUGACAAACUUAAGCGCAACUGGCGUAAACCUAAAGGUAUUGACAACAGAGUGCGCAGGCGUUUCAAGGGACAGUACUUGAUGCCCAGCAUUGGUUAUGGAUCAAAUAAGAAAACUCGUCACAUGCUCCCUAAUGGUUUCCGUAAGGUCCUCGUCCACAAUGUCAAGGAGUUGGAAAUCUUGAUGAUGCAGAACAGGAAGUACUGCGCAGAGAUCGCUCACGGAGUAUCCUCAAAGAAACGCAAGGUUAUUGUUGAGCGUGCGCAACAGCUAAGCAUCAGGGUGACCAACGCUGCUGCACGUCUCCGCAGCCAGGAGAACGAA